UUUCCCAACUGACAGUCUUUACGUUUUUGGUUCUUUCGGUAGGCAGCACGUUUUCCACUCACCAUUUUCUAAUUAAACUUAUUUGCUCUGAAUUUUUACAAAGAAAAAAAAUUAAAGCAUUUCUUGCAAAGAAAUCCAUUCAAAUCCAGAAAAAAUGAGCAAAAAGGAUUCAUCCAAAGCUGUGGCCAAAGUAGAGUCCGGCAACGAUAGCGACACCGACGACAAGAAUUUACUGCAAGUAUGCCAUCCACCGCAUUUCAUGUCUUCCGUAAUGCGUCGUCAAGUUUUGCACGAAAUGGUUAAGUCGCUACCCAAAAAAGUCCAAAAUCGUGUAGUUGCACUUAAAAACAUCCAACUCGAACAACUUGAAUUGGAAGCUCAAUUCUACGAGGAAGUCUAUAGUCUCGAGAAGAAAUACCAUGAAAAAUAUCAACCAUUAUUCGACAAGCGAAAGGAAAUUGUUGCCGGAGGCGUCGAUCCCCCAGAACAAACACCCAAAUGGAAAGAAGCCGAUGAUUUGGAAAUUACCGAAAAAGUCAAGGAUAUUUCCUUGAAAAUGAAGGAAAUCAAACCGGCACUCGAUGAAGAUGUCGAAGGUAUCCCAAAUUUCUGGCUAACAAUUUUCAGGAAUACCGAAAUCCUUUCGGAAAUGGUGCAGGAACACGAUGAGCCUUUGUUGAAGAAGCUUCGUGACAUCCAAAUCAAAUACGUCGAGGACCAGGAGCAUUCGUACACUCUUGAAUUCCACUUUGAUAAAAACGAAUACUUUUCCAAUCCGAUCCUAACCAAACAAUAUUUCCUAAAGGCCGCCAUCGAAGAGGAAUACCCCUUCUCAUUCGAGGGACCCGAGAUCUACAAGUGCAAGGGCUGCAACAUCAAUUGGGAAAAGGGAAUGAAUCUAACUGUCAAGACCAUCCGCAAGAAGCAAAAGCAUAAGGAACGUGGUGCUGUCAGGACCAUCACCAAACAGGUUCCAAACGAUUCGUUCUUUAACUUCUUCAAGCCACCAGAGAUUCCAGAUGAUAAGAGCGAAGUUGACGAAGAGUCUCAAGGAAUUCUGGCAACAGAUUUCGAAAUUGGACACUUCUUGAGGGCUCGCAUCAUUCCGAAGGCUGUUCUUUAUUAUACUGGUGAUAUUGUCGAUGAUGAAGACGAUGAUGGUGAUGAGUAUGAUGAAGAGGAGGAAGAAGAUGAAGAGGACGACGAGGGUGAUGAUGAUGUUCCCGAGCAGAAGACUGGUGGAAACAAAAAGAAGCAAAGUCCAAAUGAUUGUCCCAAUCAGUAAGAUGGACCGAUAAGAGUUCUCAUGAGAUUUUUUCUAUUAUGUAUUUUUUUUAUAAAAUUUUUAUUUUCGUUUUGCAUUUCUCCGAUAUUAUAGAAAUGUGUGUGGUCGAAUCACAUACUUUGUAAUAUCGUGAUAAUAUUUCGUUUAAUUAUUAUAAUAAAAUCUAUUUCCAAAAAAAAAAAAA